AAAUUGUCAGUGUUAAGAAAAACUUUGGAAAUAUUGAAAAAUUUUAAAAAAUUGUAAAACGUUUUUUAUUUUUAUUUUUUAUUGCUAGCACCAAAAAUGGCCGCCAUAGAAUCCGUUGUUCUCGCCGGCUUAUUGCAUCUCAUAUUUCGGUUUGCUUUAUAUAUAACACCCCAGUCGAAGCUACAAACUCCCGGUCCCGUACUGCCCACAGCCAUUGUCUUCUUGGCGCUAUUGGAUGUCAUCUACGAUAACCGUAUACUUCCAUUGCGCUUCAAUAAUAUGUCGCCGGGCUUCAAAUAUAUUUUCGAAACGAUUAUGGCCGUCUGCCUAUUGGAGAUGGGCAUGCUGAUCUGGCAGUCGAUCGAGCACUCCAUUUACUUGUUCGCCAAGGGCACACUCCUGGGUCUGGACGUGGUCUCGAAACAAACCUACUAUAAGCAGGAGAACCUCAUCAUUGGAGCCUUCACCCUGCCCCUGUCUCUGGCUAUUUUAAUCACAGCUGCACAGGCUACGGAUCACUACCAAAUGUUUCGCCGUAGAAUCGCCAUUUAGAGAAAUAUUGUGCUGGGAAUGGACAUUUAAAACGUUAAAGUGAAUUCAAAACCUAAAUAAGACAUACUUGAAGAGAUGUAUAAAAAUCCAAAAGAGGCUAGAGUUGUGCUUUUUAUGUUGAUUCAAUAAAAACGGUUUAUCAUAAUUUAAAAUAGAAUAAUAGAAAA